CCCCCCCUCUCUUCCCCCUCCCAUUCUUUCCACACUCUCCUCCAUUCUACUCCGUAUCUCUCUCUUCUUCUCCCACCCUCCUCCGUCCAGCCGGCCACCCACCCGUCUGCGCGAUCACGCACGCACGCCCCCCAAUCGUCGUCUGCUUUUGGCCCUAUAAAAGGAGCGGCCGGCGGGGUUUUUCUUUCUUAGUCCGCUGUAGAGGCGGGUGGUUGGAAGUGGCUUAGGGGCGGUAGAUAGAGGGCGGGGAGAGAGCGAGCGAGCUGCGGUAAAACAAUAACGACGGCGGCUCCGCGGUGCCAGCUCACUCAACCCUGGCUUCAGGGCCUUGACUAGCCAGCCAGCCACCGAGCGCGUAGUAGCUGCUGUUGCUGCUACGACGACGUCGUCUGGAGUCAGGCUCAACCUGGUUGCCGCCUCCUCUCAGAGUCACUGAGACUCGUUGCGGGCUUCUCUGUCUCACGCCGCCCCAGCAAGCCCACCGAGCGGCCCACCAGCCCGGCGACGCCAUGAGCUCGGGGACUCCGUACAUCGGGAGCAAGAUCAGCCUCAUCUCCAAGGCGCAGAUCCGCUACGAAGGAAUCCUUUACACCAUCGACACCGACAACUCCACCGUCGCGCUAGCCAAAGUGCGCUCCUUUGGAACCGAAGAUCGUCCCACAGACCGUCCUGCCCCUCCAAGGGAGGAAGUUUAUGAAUAUAUCAUCUUCCGAGGGAGUGACAUCAAAGAUAUCACUGUGUGUGAGCCUCCAAAAGCACAGCAUAAUCUUCCCCAGGAUCCCGCUAUUGUCCAAUCUUCUCUGAGCUCUGCUUCAGCGUCCUCCUUUCAGCCACACGUGCCUUACAGUCCAUUCAGGGGCAUGCCACCCUACAGCCAGCUUGCUGCCAGCUCUUUAAUUAGCCAGCAGUAUGCCGCUUCCCUUGGUUUAGAGAAAUUGGUAAGCCCUCCAGCAUCAGCAGCUGCUUCCAGUCCUAGCACUUCUUCGUCUCCUCAGCCAGUUUCAGAGCCUGACUUGUCAUCAGAGCCACACCUGCUGUCUUCUAAGGGUGCUGCUUUUCCGUCAGUUCAUUCAGUGCGCAAAAGUCCUAUGGUGGAGCAAGCUGUUCAGACUGGUCCUAUUGACAACUUGAAUCCCAAAAAAGCUCCUCCGAUCAAAGUCAUUCCAGUGGUCCAGCGCAACACCCGUCAUAUUCCACAAAGCAACAAGACAAGUGAUACAGUUGUGUCAACACCUGUACAAGCGCAAGGGCAAGUGAAUGAUGAGAAUAGAAGGCCCCAAAGGAGGAGAUCAGGAAAUAGGAGAACCAGAAAUCGUUCCAGAGGGCAGAAUCGACCAACUGCUGUGAAAGAAAAUACAAUAAAAUUUGAAGGCGACUUUGACUUUGAAAGUGCAAAUGCGCAAUUCAACCGAGAAGAGCUGGAUAAAGAAUUCAAGAAAAAACUUAACUUUAAAGAUGAGAAAGUUGAGGCAGGAGAAGAAAAGGGGGAGCCUGCUGUGGCUGCCGAGAACUGUGAUGGCAAUGCAGAUGAAGAUCUCCUAGGACCUAACUGCUAUUAUGACAAAUCAAAGUCUUUCUUUGACAACAUCUCAUCAGAACUGAAAUCCAGUUCAAGGCGUACGACGUGGGCUGAAGAACGGAAACUCAACACAGAGACGUUUGGUGUAUCUGGCCGUUUUCUCCGUGGACGUAGUUUUCGGGGGGGAUUUCGUGGUGGAAGGGGGUCUGGAGCUGUGCGACGGAGUCAAGCUACUCCCAGAGUGGGCACUGGAAGAGUAUAAACCUUGCAGGUUCUCAUUGCUAUGAAGACGUGUACAUAGGAAGAAGGGAACAAACCAGGCUGCUACACUUAAAACAUGGGUGAAUGGAGUGAUACGUUCACGAGCUUAAACUCUGAUGGCACUGCUGCUUGUGUGUCAAAGCAGGAUUGGAGCACCAGAGUUACUUGGAAAAGGCGUGUGCUCAUUAACCACCUCUUCAAGGAGUCUUUUUUUCUUUUUUCUUUUAAGUAGUGCAAGGAACUUGUGCUGCUUCUAGGUUCCAAAGGCUGCUAUAGCUGACCACAUAGAACACUCGUUCUGUUCUCUGAAGGAGAUGAGACAAUUCUAAAUUAUUCAAAAAUGAACCAAAGCUCGUUCGAAACCAGCAACUUCUUAAUCUGAGGAACAGGGAUUCUACUUGUCUUUGUUCUUUCUUUUGAUUUUUGUCUUUUCACCCUACACCCUAUGGUUCAAGCAAAAGAAAUAAUCAUUUUGAUGUCUAGAAGCGAGUUAUAGUGCAACAAGUUGUAUGUAAUGCGGUGAUGGGAACUGUUGGUGAUCAUGUAUCUCUAAUUCUGGGCUCACCACUUAAAUGUAUGGUUUCUAUCAGGAGCUGUAUAAUGGGUUUCCUUGGAGUGCUGGUCACCCCUCCAAUAGGAACCCUAAGCAACUAAAUUAGCCCUGGUGAGUGCCAUUCUCCAGCCUCCUCACAAUCAGCUGCUGCUCUCCAGCAGUGCAGCAAAGCUUUUUAUGUAUGGGGAAGGCUGCGGAUUAUGUGAUUAUUACUCUUGCAGCAACUCUUAAAGGAGACUGAGAUUUUCCCCCUCUGUAACCUAAAGGAAAAGUGUAGCCUUGGUUUCAAGUCCUUCUGUUGAGGAAAGAGCAAUAUGUGAUUUGUAUGCUUGGAACAUAAGGAGGACAUUGAAUCCUCAAAUGGGGAAGGGAGACUUAAAUGGAACUUGAGGAACCAGCAUGUUCAAUUCCUUCUCAACCUCUGUAAAUAGGUCAGGAUUUUUUGUUUUUAAAAAUAAUUUGGGGGGGUUGAAAGGUGGGUAUGAAGGGAUUAUAAGCUCUUGCAUGAAAGUGGGUUAAGCCUUUAGUAAUAGGCAUGUGUCCCUUUUUGUUAGCUAUAGGAGUGUUUUGUUGGAAAGGCCUCUAAUGGAUGCCAUUUCUCCUCCCCCACCCCAUUUCAUGGCUAUCCUUUUGAGUUCCUCCCCUAUGUCAUGCAUUCACUUACGUUGUUAUAAAAGCUUGGGUUUAUUUUGUAGGCCUUUAUCACGAAGGAUUUCACAUCGUGGUGAGGCUGCUGUAUGGAGUCAUGUAAAUUGUAAUUAUAAAUAAACAUGGAAAUGUUUAAUCCUU